CCGGGCAGCAGAUCUCAGCAGUGUCUCCAAGACAUCCACGUUUGCUCUUCUCUUUCUCCCCAGAAACGAAGGAGGAGCUGGAGGAGCUGAUGUCUGACAUAAAGAAGACGGCGAACAAAGUGCGCUCCAAGCUAAAGAGUAUUGAGCAGAGUAUUGAACAAGAGGAAGGACUGAACAGGUCAUCUGCUGACCUGCGGAUAAGGAAAACUCAGCACUCGACGCUCUCGCGCAAGUUCGUGGAGGUGAUGUCUGAGUACAACGCCACCCAGACCGACUACCGGGAGCGCUGCAAGGGCCGCAUCCAGCGGCAGCUGGAGAUCA